AUGUUGAACCACACGACAGAUGUGGAGGAUAAGUGCAGCUUUGCACAAAUUAACAAGUACUGUUAUCGGUUAGCAGUACUUACAACUAACAUGGAUUUUAAAAGUCUGUGUUACAGAAGCUCGGUAUGCCGUUAUGAUGGCGAAACAUGGGCUGAGGCUUUCUUGAAGUAAGUAUAUGUUUAAUUAGUACACUCAAAAAUUCGAGUUAAGAAAAAUGUGUGGUGUAUUGUUUUUUUAUGCUUUAAGACCUUAAUAUACAAAAGCUUUGUGAACUGACCAUUUUGCGGUUGAUUUUAAUUUUAUUCGGGAGUAUAGCGCUUACAGCUAAUAAGAAAAAUACCCUAUUUUCCGCCAGUUUGGCAACUUUGGCUUUGUGUUGUAAUCACUUGUUUUGAUUUUUCAUAUAAGAAAGGCUUACAAAUUGAAAAUUGCAGGUUCAUUUGAACUUUCUAUCAAACAAUAGUUAAAAUCUUGAGACCAUAUGCCAAUUUUGCGGAAAAUUCAAAACGAUAUUUUUAACCUAGAUUUCUUAUGUCUGGCCGCAAACCGCAACUUAGAAUUUAGCAGAAGAUCUUAAAAUUAUAUGAUUUUUCAAUGCAGAAAAUUUGAACAAAAUCUGAGCGUUGCAGGUCAGGUACCUUCCUUGUAAAUCAAGUAACUUACAAAAUUAACUUCUACAAUUUUAAAAUCUUCUUUUUAGUGCACCAAGUCGUCCCAUGGAACAGACUUACAAAGCAGAAUUUGGUAAAAUGUUUGUAAAAGACUCAAAGUGUUGUCCGUACACCGGUACACUACGAGUGAUUUUAAACAGUAAACAAAUUCUGCUGACCAACAUAGAUUUUGGAAAGAAGUUGCACGACCUGUUAGACUUUUCCUUAAAAGAUCAACAAAACUUUUAAUUGACAUGGGUAAAACAUAUGUUGUUUUUGACUUGGUAAGCAAAACAGUGAAAAAAAUCUUCUCUGCGCUGCCUGAAGAACGUUACAGCAGCUUUACUUUGUACUACCGCGACGGUACAUUGGUGGAUUUGUACAAUCAGAAGGAGUACCAAGUUGAAGCUACUAAGACAGUUGGGGUUCAUAAAGUGCACAUAUGCAACGCGGAUUUGUAUGGUCACCGAAGAUAUGUUGGCUACGUCAAUAAUCGAAAGGAAUUUGUUUUGAUAAACAAUGAUACUGGCGAAGCAAAAGUUAUCUUUGCGCCAGUCAGGCUAUUUUACUGUGACAAUAAGAUAAAAAUUGUCGACAAUAUGGAGCUUGUAUCGUAUAGAGGUAUGUCAAAUAUUUAAAAAUAACGCUUUUUGGUUUUUCAAUCUUACAGAUUUAUAUUAUUUAUAAGUAAAGAAUCUUUUGUUCAAAGUUUUGUAUUUUGAUUUUUCAGCUAGUAAUUUAACAUUUUUUCAGAUCAAAUGGUACAAGUUUGUAAUAUUGUAACCAAGGAAUGCGUUUUUGAAAGUCUGGACCCAUUCCAUAAGAUUCCCAACAUCAAAAAUGAUGACGGUAUACAGUUUAAGAGAAGUAAGUCGCUUUCAAAUUUAGAUACAAUUGAUCAACAAUAAAUAACAGUUCUCUGUACUCUUUUAAACUUAAAAAUCAUGUGUUAUUUAAGUGUACUACAACCAUAGCCCACUGGGCUUAUAACUUAAAUUUACUUUUUUAUUACAGGAAGUUCAAAUACAUUACUAGCUAAAUUGAAGCCAACAAACAGUGACAAUAUUACUUUAAAGUAUAGAAAUAUAUAUAAUGUCACUGCUGACAACUUUAUUAUCAGCACACUUGAAUCCACGACUCCAUAA